AGAGCUCAUACUAGCGCUCACACUGGCUGCCUUUUCGUUACGAUAGCCCUGUCAGAACGGUACGAAAGCUGUGUAAAAAUCUAUACGAAAGCUGUGUAAACUCGAUGGAAAGGCUUUGUAGAAACGAUACGAAAGCCUUGUAAAGUUUUCAUACGAAAGUCCUGUCAAAAUUUGAUACGAAAGCAAUGCAUUUCUAUGAAUUUUUACAGGGCUUUCGUAACCUACCGUUACGAAUCGUUACGUUCCCAACACGAGAUCAAAUAAUACAUUAGAUUUAAUAGAUUUAUUUAUUUAUUUUUUGUUGAAGAUGAUAAUCAAGGUUAUGGUGAUUAUCAUUAUUAUUAUCGAAGAUAAACAUUCUAGACCACGACCCACUUUAUAGAAGAAAUGAUUUAAAUAAUAAUUAUGAAAAACGAAAAUAAUUCUAAACGAUAGAAAUUCAAUAAAAGUACAAUCAUUUAUAAUAUAAGAUUAUUCUUUAGAUAACGACUAAUACAACUAGAACACACAAAUGUUAUUAUCAAUCAUUUAUUUAUCAUUUAAAAUAAAACAGUUAUUUAUAUUCUUUUGUUAAAGAACUAAAUAUGAUAUUAUUUAUAUAUUAACUCUUAUGUAAUCAUUCUAAAUAUCUAAUCAAAUAAAUAAUUCUAAAACGAAAACAAAAUCAGGUAAAAUAAAUCAAUUGAUGAAUAUCGAUCACCAUCACCAUAUUCAUCUAAUAUCAGUUUAUCAAUCAAUCGAUAUUCAACAAUUAACAAAUAACAAUAAUGAUAUUUAUUAUUUUAUUUAUCAAUAUUAACACUGAUAUUAAUUAUGAAUUUGAUACGAAUGAGAUUGAUCUUAUAAAAUAUAAUUGAAAUAACAAAAAUAUUUAUCGUCAUAGGGCACCAACACCAACACCAACACCAACACCAACACCAACACCAACAAUUAUUUCUUAUCUUAAAAAAAAGAAAAUCUAUUUAGAAAAUGAUUUAUUCCAAUGA